UUUGAACUAGUGUUUCAAGAAAGAUCCGAACACCAUUCUAGCUGCUGGGAAAUGAGUUCACGGAGGACAACAACACGGUCCUCUUUUGGGAACGGAAGGUCCAGCAAUGGGGAUGAUGUCAGUGGGAGUAGCCGGUCCGGUGGCUGCAGCUACAUCUCUAACGUUAGGCCAGGGACCAGGAGCACGCUCUGCAGUGUGAUAGCACACUUAACAGAGGAAAAGCAGCCCUCUUUUGUGACAACCCUGAAGUCAAAGGCUGUGUCAGAAAACUGCAAUGUGAAGUUUUCCUGCGUGGUUACAGGAUAUCCUGCCCCUCAAGUUACGUGGUAUAAGGAUGAUGUCCAGCUGGAUAGAUACUGUGGAUUACCGAAAUAUGAAAUAUUGCGCAAUGGACAAAGUCAUUCUCUGCACAUUUACAAAUGCACUGUGGAUGAUGCAGCUAUUUACCAGGCCUCUGCCAUCAACAGCAAAGGGAUCGUGUCUUGCUCUGGUAUUCUUGAAGUAGGGGAGAUGAAUGAGUUCAAAAUUCAUCAGCGCUACUUUUCCAAGCUAAAACAGAAAGCUGAAAACAGACGAAUGGAAGCAGAGGGUAAAGAAAACCAGGAGCCGCUGAGAACCAUCAGUCCAGACCGCACACAGAGGAAACGCCGCUCCCCAAUGGAUGCCUUUCUCAGCUUGCCAAGCUCCUUGGAGGAUGAGGGAAGUGAGGAAAACCAUCAGCCUGUGACUCAUGAGGCUGAGGCCAGGUUACAGGAGUUUGCUGUGGAGGAAGUUGAGAGAAAGCCCUCGCAAAUCACCAACGGAGCACUGCCUGCUAUGACAAAUGGAAAGAUUAAAAAUGACGGUGUUCAUAAUGGUGGGACGUACAUAUACGAUCCUGAUCAUAAGACUUUUACCCCACAGCAUCCAAAGUCUCCCUUUCUUAAAAAGAAAUUUAAAAUUUCCACAAGUGCAAAAAUGGGAAAAACAGAAAUUGUGGGAGAUACGAUGUCAAAAGAUGAGAUUUCCUCCUCUGUACCUCUUUUCUGUACACAGACAGCACAGACCAAAGACAGUUCAGAUGAAGUUAUGGAUGUAGAAGACAAUAUUGGUUCAUCAGAUAGAAGUUUGAGAGAUAUGGGAGAACAAUGUAAGAAAAACCCAACAGAGGCAGCCGUGCCUUCUGAGAGAUCAUCAAAGGAUAAAGAUGUAUGUAAGACAAUUGAAUCUUCACAGAUACAACUUCUCUCUGCCUCGGAGUCUCCUGCUGCUCUUUUGCCUCCAAGUCAAACUAUUUCAGAAACUGAAAGAGGAAAAGUCGCAAAAUACGAGGAGGACGGUGAAAAAACAGUUGAUAAAGUAAAAUUGGAAACUCAGAGCAAAAUCCCUGGUGUUUCCUCAACACAAAAGCAGUCAAGUAUCAAAGGGACACUCCUUAGCAUUUUACAGGAGGACGUGUAUGCAACAGAACACGUUACACUCACGGAUGAUAAUGGAAAGUCAAAAGCAUCGGCUGAUGGAUGUUUCACAGGCAAUUCCCGUGAGUCAGUUGAUAUACCAUGUGACAGUGGGACAGUUUUGUCUCAAAGUCCAUGUGAACUGUCUGGAAAUCAGCUGUCUGACAGAGGAACAUGCCAAAAAAAGGAGUCUGCCUCUCUACCGGCUGUGCCAAGUGAGGUUACACAGGCCCAUACAAAGAUGACGAGGAAUGGUGCACCUGUCGACCUUAAGUUACCACCUGACCCGUGCACGACUGGCUUACAAACUCCACGAAAAACAGAUGACAUCCAGACCUCUUUGUGCAGUGGUCGUCAACCAUACACUGACGAAAAGGCAUCGGACUCAUGGGAAAAUUCUAGGGAAUUAAAUGAAUGCUUUCCAGGACUUGCAACAAACCAACAUAAGUCACCACAUGAAAGGACUGUUGGUGGUGUGGACACCCCAAGGUGUAAUGUUUCCCCCGCCGCCCUGCAAAGCCAAGUUAAUACAGCAAUAAAAACUGUUGGAGGCACAGAAAUAAAAUAUGUUGAACAGGUAAAGGGUAAAGGGCUAGGUACGUUAUUAGUGGAGACUGAUAUUAUAGCCCCAAGUGAGAUGAAAACAAAAGUAAAGACGGAAAUGACUGAUUUACACAGUAUGGAACAAAGUAAAACAGCAAAAGCCAAAGAUGCUAAUAAUCACGACUCUUGUGAAAUGGAGGAUUCUUAUAUUAAAGCCACAGAUAAUGAACCCGUAUCAAAAUUGGUUGAGGAAUCCAGCUCAGAGCAACAGAAUCUGGAGUUAGAUACAUUUGAGACUGCUGACUUAUUUCCAGCAAAAAAGCCAGAUGAUGUACACUCACAAGAUAAUGACAUAAACUUCAAAGAAAUUCCAAAACCUGUGACAAAAGUUAUAUCAAUUGCUGAACUUUUGAGGUCUCAAAUCAAGGCUCUCGAUUCUACAUUAGAAAAAUCAGUUUCUAGCAUACCGGCCCAUGAUAAUUUAAAACAAAAUACUUCCAUAACACGUAGAGAAAAUUAUCAGGAAUCUAAACAUGAUAACAGAGAAUUUAAAGGAGAAAAACAGACAUUAAAGCCAGACAAGGAAAGGGAGACAAGCACUGACCAAAUGCCUGUCACCAACAUUAAAGCAACACUUAUGGAGAUUUAUCACCAGCUAAAUAAAAGCCAAAAUGAGCCAAUUCUGACUCCAGAUUCAGCUUCAACACCAAUUCUGGAUUUGCACGAACCUCUUGUGGCACCCAACUCUCCCAAAGACACUGACACAGCUAUAGACACAACCAGAAUUGCCAAGAAAUACAAAGAAGUUGUUAUGGACAUUAGUGAGGAAACUGAAAUAUACACUGAGGUUCCCAUUCAAGCUUCCUCAGUUCUUGAGGGUAAAAAUGUACAACACAGUCAUCUUCCUUUGAUAUCAGAUAAAGAAUCGAGCAGUAAGCAGCUGUCUGUUUCACAUCUAACAGAAACUGUUAUACAGGAAUCUGGGUGUCCGCUUACAGGGACGCAUGUGAAAUCCAGUACUCAUGAUGCAAAUACAACAAAGUUGGAUGAAACUGAAGAUAUACAUAUUCCAAAUAACAAUGUGGGAUUGCUGCACAAGCUGAUUCCAGGAAUAGAACUCCACAGCAAUAUGACAACAACUUCUGAUCAGCACAAACCUGAGGAACACAAUACAAACAUAGCUUCUUUGCAGCAAUUAAAAAAGUUUCCCACUGAAGGGGAGUUUGACACUGACACACGAGGGACAAUUAUUAGUGUUCCCCCGCAAGAGAGCUCAAUAGUUAGGGAAAGUUCAGAAUCUGACUCCCUUACCAGUCUAACUCCAAAGCCUAGUCCACGACUGAAGAAAAGAGAUUGUGUUUCUCCAAUUCCUUCUGCUACCCCUCAAGAACUAGCUUCUGGGGCCCGUCGUAAAAUCCUUACACCCAAGGUCAAACCUGAGAAUGGUGAAGAGACCAAUUCACCGGCUGCAGGACAAAAUCAGAAAAAGGAUGUACUAACGCAAAGUGGCAAGCCCUACACAAGUUCUGCGAGCCUCUCUACAUCUCCAAGUCUGUCUCUACAGUCCCCUCCACUGCAGGCUGCUGGAGAACAAACCUCUCCAUUAGACAGGUGUUCUCCACUCCUUUCCAGAAGGAAUACUGUAUCUGAAACUCAAACAUCAGGCCGGCACCUCACUGAGGACACGCACACUGAGAAGAAACCUGCCGAGACGGACAAACAUAACCCAUUCAAAGCUCCUCAAGUUAUCCGUAAGAUCAGAGGAGAGACCUUUGCAGAUUCUUCUGGACACUUAAAACUGUGGUGCCAGUUCUUCAAUGUUCUCAGUGACUCUAUCAUCAAAUGGUACAAAAAUGAAGAAGAGAUCGCUCAGGUUAAAAGAAAUGCAGGGGAGGAGACUCAGGUCAAUCUUGCUAUUGUUCAGGCAUCGAGCACAGAUUCUGGUGUUUAUGGAUGCUCCAUAGCAAAUGUUUAUGGAGAAGGUUCCACAGAUUUUCUACUCAGUGCAGAAAUUUUGGCUGGCAUGUCUCUGCGGGAGGAUCUUGGUGUUGGGGAGGAAAUCGAAAUGACACCCUUGAUUUUCAACAAGGGAUUGGCUGAUUAUGGAACCUGGGGCAACAAAUUCUUUGGACGUAUAAUGAUGACAGAAUCUCAUAUUGGAAAAGGCUGCACCCACAAAGUCUGGAGAGCAAAGGUCAUUUACGGUCUUGAACCUGUGUUUGAGUCCGGUAACACUUGUAUAAUCAAAGUACGAAGCCCUAUCACCUAUGAAGGCAAAGAGGAGAGCAGUCUCGUAGACAGGAACCUGGACAUAACGAAGCAGGAGUGUAAAUAUCAGAACUUGGCUCGGGAGUACUGCAAAAUCUUUUCUGCUGAGGCAAGAGUCAUAGAAAGUUUUGGACCCUCUCUUGAGGUGAUUCCAGUCUACUUGAUGUACAGACCAGCAAAUGCCAUACCCUAUGCCACUGUGGAGACUGAUCUGGCUGGAGUGUAUAGGAAAUACUCCACCCUGGAUGAAACAGGCAGAUUACAUAUGAAAACUGGCUCUGAAGUGGAGCUGAAAUGCUGUGCCUUGCAGCACUGGAUCUUUCAGUGGACUAAUGGAAAUCUGCUUUUCAGUCGGCUGGAGGGUGUUGAAACCAAGAUCACCCAUGUUGGAAUUUCAGUCAAAUCAACAAGGCAUCACGGUUUAUCUGUUGAAGGCGAUCCCAAAGUUUUCGAGCAGUUCAUCUCCCAGCACAACUGCAACUACUUCUGUGGCCUACUUGGUUUGAAAUCUCUGAAGGGCGUGGACUCUUUAAUGACACCAACAAAACCAAAGGGCUCCAAGAGUCCUUUUCUUCUGAGAAAGAUGGGUACUGGCUCCUCCAGCCCACAGGCCGGCAGGAAAGCAGCUGGAAGCCCCAGGCUGCCCAGAAAGGCUGAGCAAGUUGGUAGCAAGACGCCCACCCAGCAGAGAGCAACGGAUGAUCCAGCACUGGUUAGGAAUAAAUAGAACUGCAUAGAAUACAUCUCUUAAUAACACUUGAAAGUUCAUUUUUACCUUCAUGAGGAGAAUAGAAAUCAAUUAAUUUUAUGGCUUAACUAUUUAAUUUCAAUGGUCACCAUUCCUUGCUUUUGUGCCAUUUGCUGUUGUGUUGCUCUGCUGUAUGCUGCAUUCAUGUUGAAACUUAUGACUUAGCUACAUUGAUAUGAAACAUAGUCCUUUGGAUUUUUUUCAUAACAGCUAAGCACCAUGGAUCAAAGAAUAUGAUCCGUCUCAGGCCAGUGCAUAUUUUUAAUAUGAAUGUGAGACAUUUUUAACUAAAGUGGCAUAACAAGUUAUCUGCUCUAUGGACAGUUUUCAGGUUUAUUCUUUUAGAUUAGCUCUUGUUAACUUAAUAUGAACAAUAGUUUUGCUAUAUAUAAAAAGACUAUGAUCAUACAGCACAUUAUCAAGGUUAGGAGUAAUCUGCCAUUCAUAUGUUUUAAGAAUGUAUCAAACCAAAUGUAGAGGUACACAACACUGUACAGGGAAAACGGUGCUGUGCUUUAAUGUUACCUGAUAUGUUUACUUGCUGUACUACUUUGCACUUUGCAUUUUUAAUUGUAUAUUUCAAUGCAACUGAUUGUACAAUAAAAGAUACAACAGCAUCUUUUAUGCUCUC